CCACACGCACCUACCAGCCGGCAGGAGGCAGAGCCCUGGCACGAGCCACUGAGCCUGCUUUCAAAGCCCCGCCGUGUGACCCCGAGAGGGACUUCACCGCAAAGCGCGCAUCUCAACCCCUGCCAGGCGUGAUGGGCAGGAAUGGGGCGCGUGUAGGGAGGCGUGCACGCCGCGUGGGGCCCCCCGCAAGCCUCCACAGCGUGCGUCGUCGUGGCUGUCAUUACGGGAGAGGCAUUUAAAGCAGCCCGGAAAAUGGGUCAGUCAGUCCCCAGUAUGUGCGCUGCUGUCAUUGCGAUGUGCCCCGCUCUGCUCCGGGGACUCCUCCCAACAGCCGCCGGAGGUAGGCGCCAACUCCGGCCCACUCAGCAAUGAGGAAGCCGAGGCGCAGAGAGGUGAAGUCACUCGCCCAAGGUCACACAGCUGGACCCUGGAGGAACUGGCAUCCGAAUCCAGGAUUGCGUCUCGGCUUGGCCUGGCCUCGGUCCCUGCCCCGGCUUCCUCCCUCCCCACGGUGGAAAUGUCCAGGGCUGGCCCCGCAGACCCCCUGGCAGGCCCCACGCAGGCAGCACCGUGGCCAGCCAUCCCCAUCCCUGGCCUCAGGUACGGUCCCCACAGUCCUCGAGAGAGGAGAGUACCGGGAUGGGGCGGGCGCGCUGGGGGAGGGGGCGGGGCCACUGGGCGGGCAAACCGGUCAGGCCGCUCAGUCCCCGCCUCCUGGCCUCUCACCAGUUUGGCGGCGGGGGCCGGCACAGCGCUCGGUGGCCGGGCAGGGAGCUGCCAUCAGGUCACAGGUGGCUGUCCCGGAAGCGCGCUCUUGCUGCCGCUGCCCAAAGGGGCCAGGCGCUUCACGCAUCCUCUCCACCCCGGAGCCGGCCCCCCGCCGCCAUGCACCAGCACUACACCGUCCACACCGCCAAGGGCAUGCUGCCCCCCCGGGGCUGCCCCGAGAGCUACUUCUUGGACCCGGAGUUGGGGCACAAAAAAGGACGCUGUCACCAGUGGUGCCAUGACCCAGCGGCCUACAGGCCCUGUCCGCAGCCCUCCCAGGUGCGGUCACAGCUGGUCUACCACAGCCAGCAGGGGGUUGUCGGGGGCUGUCGCCGGGGCCCCCAGCCCCCUCUCCUGCAGCAGCAGCGGCAGCAGCAGCAGCGGCAGCAGCAGCAGCAACAGCGGCAGCCCCAGCCCCCAGCCCCCAGCCCCCUGCGGCAGCGUCUCUGCCCCGGUCCCAGCACCCAGAAGGGGGCGCCUCCAACCACCACUGCCCCCCUGGGACCGGCCUGCGCCCCCCAGCCGCCCACUGCACCCACCUCAGCAGCACCCGCCAUGACCAGCAGCUGCCCAGCCCUGCCCUCCACAACUGGCGCCGUUGCGAAGUCCGGCAGGCCCACCGGCGCCCAGUCCCUGAAUGCCCCAGGGGCAGCCUGUGGCCCCUUCACCUCCUACAGCUCCGACAUCCUGACAGAGGACGAUGUCUACUGCAGCUGCCUGGCCAAGACCCUCUGCCACGUGCCCGUGCCCGUGACCGUGGGCUUCUACGCCCCCUUCGGCUGCCGCCUGCACCUCAUGCUGGACAAGAUCACUGCGCUGAUGGAGCAGGAGGCAGCGCAGCGCGAGGCGGAGGAGCUGCAGCGUGUGCAGUGGCGGCCGCGGUCCGUGAGCCGCUGGGGCUUCCCUCAGCUGCUGUGGUACCUGGUGUUCAUGCAGCCGAUCAUCACCGAGGUGCACCUGCGGCGCAAGAAUGUGAAAUUCCUCUUCAUCCGCUUCAGCGCCUGGGAGUACGAGGGCACCGACAAGCUGUGGGCCGGCCUGGUGACCACGCUGUGCGAGGGCAUCCGCCACCACUACGGUGCACUGCCCUUCAGCGUGUACUCGGUGCUGGGCAACAAGGCGAUGACGACGAAGGGCUUCCGCCAGCGCGAGUGGCACUGCCGGCGCCGUGUGUGUCUGGCGCUGGUGGCCCUGCUGGUAGCGCUGGGCUUUGGCUUGGCCUUGCUCUACCUGUCGCUGGGCGCCCACGCGCUGAGCCACAGUAGCACUGACAACAACCUGCUGCGGGUGUUCGGCGGCGCAGCCACCACGCUGUCAGGCUCGGGUCUGCUCAUGGCCGUGUACUCGGUGGGCAAGCACCUGUUCGUGAGCCAGCGCAAAAAGAUCGAGCAGCUCGUGUCGCAGGAGAAGUUCGGCAGCCAGCUGGGUUUCAUGGGCGAGGUGAAGAAGGAGGUGGAGCUGGUCACCGACUUCCUGUGCUUCAUGGAGAUCUACCAGCGGUGCCGGCUGCGCAUCGUGCUCGAGAUCACGGGGCUGGACACGUGCCGCUCCGAGAACGUGGUGGGCGUGCUCAACGCCAUCAACACCCUGUUGUCCGAUAGCCACGCACCCUUCAUCUUCAUCCUGGUGGUGGACCCCAGCAUCAUGGCCGCGUGCCUCGAGUGUGCCGGCUCCAUGAAGGGCACGGCCGACAACGGCUACCUCUUCCUCAACCGCACCGUCACGCUGCCCUUCUCCGUGCCCAUCAUGGGCCGCCGCACCAAGCUACAGUUCCUGCACGAUGCCGUGCAGAGCCGCGAUGACCUGCUGUACCGCGAGAUGGCGCACCAGCUGCGGCCCGGGAGCCCGGGCGCCGACGAGGGCUCACAGCUGCUGGCGGUGGAGAUGCAGGAAGGGGCCAGGGUCACACAGAGCCACAUAGACGCCGAGGCCGCGCGCCGCAUCCAAGAGGCGCUCUACUGCCUGCAUGACGACCGCGACUGCCUCUACGAGUACGUGGCCGACAACUUGGUGUCCAUGCGGCGCAUUGUCAACACCGUGCCCAUCACCGUGCGCCUGCUGCAGCAGCAGCAGCGGGACUUCUGUGGCCCCACGCCUCGCCAGGCCGUGGCCUGGGUCGUGCUCGCCAACCAGUGGCCCUGCCGCCUCAGCUGGGCGCUGCAGUGUCUAGAGGACCGGCAGCAGGCAGGGGGCGCCCCAGAGGCCCGCGCGCGCCUCUGGGAUGUGUUCCUCGAAAACUGCCAGGAGCUGCACACCAUGACCAAGCCGUUGCACAAUGUGCUCGACCUGGAUGGCGACCCCGAGCUCUUUCAGCGCUUCCUGAGCGAGGACUUCCCCUUCUCUGUGGCUGAGGCGCAGACCCUGCUGCGCUGUACAGUCAACCUGGACCACUCCAUCCGCCGUCGUAUGGGCCUUAUCCGGGCUGUCAGCACGCUAAAGCCACCCAGCCCGCCCAAAUCCCCGGCGGGCGAUGCUCCCCGUACUGCCCACGGAGCCAACCAUGCCUCCCGGGCUGACGGCGCAGCUCAUGGAGCCGACCAGAGUCCUGGGACGGCCCGGUCAGGCCACUCUGCAGGGCGCAGCCCUGCACAGACCAGCGAAGGCCGCCACUCCCGCAGCGAAACCCCCCACUCCCAAGCCAACCACACCUCCCAAGCUGCCCGCGGGGCCCACAGAGUCGACCAGAGCCCUGGGGCGGCCCGGUCAGGCCACUCUGCAGGGCGCAGCCCUGCGCAGACCAGCGAAGGCCACCACUCCCGCAGCGAAACCCCCAACUCCCGAGCCAACCACACCUCCCAAGCUGCCCGCGGGGCCCACAGAGUCGACCAGAGCCCUGGGGCGGCCCGGUCAGGCCACUCUGCUGGUCACAGCCCUGUGCAGGCCAGCGAAGCCCCCUAUGUCUUCAGUGAAGUUCCCCACCCCCACAGGGAAGUCCCCCACCCCCGAGGCGACACCCCUCACUCCCAAGACUUGACACACCGGAGUAAGCCGAGACCAGUGGCUUGAGUGCCCUGUGCUUCAGGGAAUCCAACCCAGGGGUGCGUUGGAUGAAGGAUUCUGGGGCCAGCAGGGGGCAACUGCCCCUUCUACCCAGGUGAGGACACUUGUAGGGGACAAGGUCCAGGGUCCAGUGCUGGGAAGGAGGCUGGUGCUGGCUACAUCCCCCGGGCGAGUGUGCGAGCCGGCAAGAGCUGUUGGCAGUAGCUGACAAUAAUACCAGGGUCAGAAAGAGGUGCCAAAGGACCACUAAGAAACUCAAGUUCAAGUGCAAUAAACGAAGGUGUGAAAGCCUUU